GGGAGCAGUGCACUGAGAGAGUUACAGAAGUGACAUUACCCUCCUCUGAAAUCUAGACAGUCUUCUGGCCUGGCAGAAGUUAUCCACUGUCUCAGGAGUACUGCUGUGUGUGCUUGGAGCUUGCACGCAACUGGGUUCGAAUCUUGGCAGGGACCACAGUGACCUGUUCUCGUCACUGACUCACUCCUGGAUCAGUAUUGAAGCCUGACAUCAUGAGCACAUCUACUCUCACAACGCUUUGUGUCGCUUUGUUGCUCGCCAGUGGCAAUGGAGCAAAGCAAAAUGGGCAAAAAAACAAAAAGCCCAAACAAAUUGUUCCUCAGAUAGACUGUGAUGUCCGAGCAGGGAAAAUCAGUAUUCCAGAAUUCAUUGCCAAGUGCCCUGCUAAUUGCCGGGAGACCAAGCACCCUGUGUAUGGAGCAGACAUCUAUGCCUCCAUCUCCAGUGUCUGUAAUGCAGCUAUUCACAGCGGGGUCAUAACUAAUUCCGGAGGGAAGGUGAUCGUGAGGAAGGUGGCGGGGCAGUCGGUGUACAGAGGAAGCUUCUCCAAUGGCGUCCGAUCUCUGUCUCUUCCCAAGUGGCGAGAGUCCUUCAUCGUAUCAGUGGGUAAGCCAAAGAAAGGUGUGAUCUAUCCCUCCAUCUUGGAGUUCCUACCUUCAAGAUCUACUUCUGUUAAAACAGAACCCAAAAAAUCAGAACAAGACACUAAAAACACAAAGAAUUCUGGAAGUUCAUCGGAGAAAACCUCAGAUCAAGGCCACAAGGAGGCCAAGGCUUCCACAACAGCCAUGACUCCAACCACGACGGUGACGGAGCCCACCACUACCCCAGCACCCACCACCACCACCACCACCCCCAGACCCGCAACAACCAGCACCCAGCUCCCCACCACUACCCCCACCCAGAGCUCCAGCCCUGCCCCCAGCAGCCCUGCCAAACCCCGGGUAGCGCCUCACAAAGUCCGGGAAGCAGGGCAGGUACAGAAUUCUCAAGCAAAAGGGCCAACACAAGCAUUCAGAGGCACUUCCAGCUAUGCAAGUAGAAAUUCUCCUCGUAUCAGUCCAGGUUUUCGCCGGCAGGACCCAAUAAGUACCUAUAAAAGACAGUCUGGAGCCCCUGCUAAUCCAGCUUAUAACAGAGUUCAGCUUUCCGCUACAGAGAGAAACCAACAAGCUGUGCAGUCCCACCCCACUUUUACUAGAAGGGACUGGCACCACUCUUACCAAAGACCAACCUGGCAGAAUGGAUAUAGACGGCCAACAGAUAUUAGUUAUGCGGCCCCUGACUCUGGUUAUACAUGGACUGAAUCGGAAGGUUAUGACACACCAGCUCAGAGCCCCAGACCUGCUACCUCUGAAUUUGAUCGCUGGUUUCUUGGACAGUACGGCACCAGAUUUGGAGAACAAGACACAAAUCGUAAAAUCAUCCCAGAGACAACUCACUCACAAGGUACAGUUGAGCCCUUUGAUGCCUGGAAACCUGAAGUAAACCCUUUCAACACAGGCAUUGGUGCACAAGAACAGGAACUGAUCCCCAGAGUGACAGAAACAGUUUCUCAGGGAGAUCCAAAUUGCAAAGUGGAUAUUGCUUUCCUAAUGGAUGGGAGCUGGAGCAUAGGGAAGCGUCGUUUUAAAAUCCAGAAGGAUUUCCUGGCCGAAGUGUCUCAGGUUCUCAACAUUGGAAUUGCAGGUCCUAUGAUGGGAAUCAUCCAAUAUGGGGAUGACCCAAUGACUGAAUUUAGCCUCAAGACUUACUCCAGUUCCAGAGACGUGAAGCCAGCAAUAGAAAAGAUAGUCCAGAAGGGGGGGCUCUCCAAUGUGGGCAAGGCCUUAACCUACAUCAACAAGCACUUCUUCAGCGACUCCAGUGGGAACCGCGGAGGGGCGCCUAACGUUGCUGUGGUGCUGGUGGAUGGCUGGCCCACGGACAAAGUUGAGGAGGCCUCGCGUCUGGCCAGGGAGUCGGGAAUCAACAUCUUUUUCGUUACCAUCGAGGGACCUGACGAGAAUGAGAAGCAAAACGUGGUGGAGCCAAACUUUGUCGACAAGGCUGUGUGUCGGACGAGCGGCUUCUUCUCCCUCAGCAUUCCCAGCUGGUUCGGGCUGCGGAAGACCCUGCAGCCCCUGGUGAAGCGAGUCUGUGACACGGACAGGCUGGUCUGCAGCAAGACCUGCCUGAACGCCAAUGACAUCGCCUUCGUCAUCGACGGCUCCAGCAGCGUGGGCACCAGCAACUUCCGUACCGUGCUGCAGUUCGUGGCCAACAUCACCAAGGAGUUCGAGAUCUCGGACACGGACACGCGGGUGGGCGCCGUACAGUACACUUACGAGCAGCGGCUGGAGUUCGCCUUCGGCCAGUACGACAGCAAGCCCGAGCUCCUCAACGCCAUCAAGCGCAUCGACUACUGGAGCGGGGGCACCAGCACAGGCGCCGCCAUCACCUACGCCGCGGAACAGCUGUUCAGCAAGUCCAAGCCCAACAAGCGCAAGAUCAUGAUCGUCAUCACCGACGGGCGUUCCUACGACGACGUCCGCGCGCCGGCGCUGGCGGUUCACCGCACAGGUGUGAUUGCGUACUCUGUCGGCAUCGCCUGGGCAGCGCAAGAUGAGCUUCAGUACAUCGCCACCGACCCCGACAAAGACCACUCCUUCUUCGUCGAUGAGUUCGACAACCUCUACAAGUUUGUGCCCAAAAUCAUACAAAACAUCUGCCAGGAAUUC